UGGGGAGCGCUAUCAGACGAAAAACAAAUAAUACUUAAUACCACAUUAUUGUCAAUGGCAACGUCGAGAACUGUCGAUUUCUGGCAGGCUGAGCUUCACCACUUUCAUUGUUAUUCCGUCAGUUUCUUAUUGUUGUGUCUAAGUGUAUUAGCGCGGAAAAGCCGGAAAAAUUGCGCUCUAUGAACUUUAAAUUGAAUUUCCAGUGAACAGCCUUUCGCCUUUUAUGCUGCUUUUAGCUCAAGACACCAUUGGAAGAUAAAAACGUCGUAUCAAAUAAAUAUGAAAGAAAAGGAUUUAGAGCAAUUCGAAAAUCGAUCGCAGCUAAGGGAUCGUCCAGGGACUGCCAAGCUUGAGCUAUGUAGCAUCAAUUCCACCAAGUACUGCUGACUCCGAUACAGCAUAUAUGGCAGUCCGUGCACAGCUGCAUUUCCGACUUGGCCUAUUCCCACCACUGAUGUCUGUGGCCAGCAGCUUGUUGGCCACAAGCGGCGCCGUUGGACUGAAGCAGAAUAUUUCAACAAGUUACGACAGCUACUCGGAAACAUGGAGCACUGGCAAUCGCAGCCUGGCACUCAGCCCGUCCUCUGCUACACCCACAGCCGCAGUGCAGUCCACGUUAAAUGACUCCGCCAAUUUGACCAUUGAUGCGGUGCCCACAUUAACUGCUUUCAAUUACUACAACGAAUCUGCGGCGGCGGUCGAAUGGGCCCACUUCUACGAUCUCAUUUUCUCAUGGCAGGGCAUCUGCCUGAUAACGGUGUUCUGCACGUUCAUCGUUCUCACCGUCAUUGGGAAUACCCUCAUUAUUUUGGCCGUUAUAACCACCCGCAGGCUGCGCACAGUUACCAAUUGUUUCGUCAUGAGCCUGGCCGUAGCUGAUUUGCUUGUUGGCAUUUUCGUUAUGCCGCCGGCAGUGGCCGUCCACCUGAUUGGCUCGUGGCAACUCGGCUGGGUGCUCUGCGACAUUUGGAUAUCAUUUGAUGUGCUGCUCUGCACGGCGUCGAUUCUCAGCUUGUGCGCCAUCAGCGUUGACAGAUACCUUGCUGUCACACAGCCCCUAACCUACUCCCGGAAGCGACGCUCGAAGCGCCUUGCGUUCCUAAUGAUCCUUAUCGUUUGGAUUCUGGCAUUAGCCAUUACAUGCCCGCCCAUGCUAGGAUGGUAUGAGCCCGGUCGUCGAGACCUCAGAGAGUGUCGUUACAAUCAAAACGAAGGCUAUGUCAUCUUCUCAGCAAUGGGCUCAUUUUUCAUACCAAUGUCAGUCAUGAUUUAUGUUUAUGCUAAGAUUUCCUGUGUGAUUGCAAAAAGACACGACAACAUGACGGACAUCCAUAUUCACAAUAAGAAAUUCAAGCGUUACACGGCCGCCGAUGUGGAGAAUGAUUACUCCGAGCAGGAUCACAGUAUGGGCUAUAGGAACAAACAGACACACACACAAACGUUCUCCAACCAAACACUCUCCAAGGAUCUCCAGGAGAUUGUGCUUAGCGAAAGCGACAACUUUGGAGUGCCAUCGACUGGAGGGAAUUGUCAGUCUCUGUUAGCUCUGCCAUCGCCCCAUUGCGGCAGUGGCAAGAGCAGUUGCUAUGAACUGACGCGGCCGUCCUCAUUGUCGCUGAAGCGCACUUCCACCGCUUCAACGACAAUAACCACAAUGACAAGUGGUAUGGGUCCCAGCUGCAGUUUGUUAGAUGCGCAGUGGCAAACCCAAUCGCAAUCGCAAUCACAAACGCAAACACACGCACAAAUGCAAAACCCACAGCAACAUCAAACACAACAACAACAACAACAACAGAAGCCACGCGCCCACAGUUUUCGGCAUUCGCAUCUCAGUGUAAGUGGUGGGGACAGGCUGCGUAGCCACCACCACCAUCAUCAGCAUCAGAGCGCGGGGCCGGGAGGAGCGGAUGCUGGAGCAACCACAACAACCAAUAUCAAGUCGCUGUCGAACCGCAUUACAUCUCUCAAGAAGGAAAACAAAACAACCCAAACAUUAAGCAUUGUCGUUGGGGGCUUCAUUGCGUGCUGGCUACCGUUUUUUGUCUACUACCUGAUAACCCCGUUCCUGGCCGAGGACCAGGUCAGUGCCACCCUGACCAAUGCCCUCACCUGGCUGGGCUGGUUCAACAGCGCCAUCAAUCCAUUCAUAUACGCAUUCUACAGUGUCGAUUUUCGGGCGGCCUUUUGGCGCCUGACCUGCAAGCGAUUUUGGAGUGACGAGCAGAAACCACAGUUUCCCGCUAACACAAUGUCGAUUAGGCGAUAGGCGGCUUAAUGGGCGUGUCGUAACCUCAAAACCACAAAACCUGUGAAAUUAGAAAUUGGAUUUGGCGACAUCGCGUCAUUUCCAGUGCGAAUACCAAUAUUGCUUUUAGAUCAUACAGCUACAAAAUGCAAAUGGAAACUGAGGACUCUGGUCCUGAUUUUCACCAAAUAAUCUAAAUUAAGUGUAUGCAGCUUGCGCUGAGGAAUAUUUUUGGGUAAACAAAUAUUAUCAUCAAAAUAUAGCAGCUAAUACCCUAUUAUUAUUAUGGCMAUAAGUAUUAGCCAGACUUCUGCCACGAAGGUAAAUCACAACAGCAUAGAAUAGUGCAAAUGCUACACUAAACUGAAUCAAUUACCCACUUAGCAUAUAUAUAUAUAUACAACUAUACACAUACAUAUAGGCAUAUAUUAGUAGCAAUCCAGUACCUAUACACUUUUCGGCAUCUGAUUAUGAUAAGAUGUUGCAUUCACAUAGUAACUUCCAAUAGAAGCAGUGUAGUAUUCCAGCUCUACCCAUUAGAUGUACAUAAAUAUUUAUUACACUUUUAAUUGUGAUUUAGCCUUAAUUAAACCCUAACAACAUUUACAACAUUAGACGUCGAGCAAACAGUUUCCAUUGGAAAUAUAAAUAAUAUAUCAAAAUAAAAAUA